AUGGACGAUGAAUUUGACAACUUUGGUGGGGACUUUGACUUGGACGAGAAUGAGUUUUUCGAGGAGGCCGGCGAUGACGCCACGGCCGUGGCGGAGUUUGACUACCCGCACUUCUCUCCCGUCGACGACGUGCCGCGCCCCGAUGACGGCACUGAGAAGGACACUAGUGCGACGGUGAGAGCCGCGCCACCGCCCAACAUUCAGGAGCUCUUCCCCAACGCUGCGCCUGACACCGUGCCUGUAGUUGUCGGCAUCAUUGCGCAGGCGAAGCUUGGCGUGGGGGUAGACCUUCGCGCCCUAAGUUGUGCGACGCGAAAUGUGGAGUUUCUCCCGCGCCGCCGGAAUCCCUCGGCAACGAUGCGGCUGCACGAACCCACCGCAGUCGUACUGGUCCGAACCUCCGGUUUAAUGUCUGUUAUUGGGGCUGCCAGUGUCAGCGAGGCAAGACAGGCGACCGAACUCGCCGCACGCAUCAUCCGAAAAGCGCUUGGUCUUGAUAUAACCACCGUUCAAUUCCGCGUGCGCUCUGUCAUGGUGCGGUUUAACGUCGGACACCCAAUCCGACUGGAGGAGCUAGCACAGCACGAAGGCAUCUUUUGCAGCUACGAGCCCGAUAGAUUCUGUGGAUGCGUUGUCCGCCUCUCAGGGAAGUCGCACGACAAUCAGUGGCAGGUGUGCUGCUCCGUGUUCGUUACAGGCAAAGUAAAUAUGGUCGGCAUCCGUAGCCAGGAGGAGAUGAUGGACGCAUUUUACACACUCUUGCCCAUUCUCGCACGCUACUCCAAGAAGUGGGACGCCGAGGCCCCAGCAGCUCCAUCCGAGCCUUGA